AUGGACGAGAUCGCUCUACUGCAGCAGCAACUGGCCGCUGUGCAGCAGCAGGAGACAGCGCUGAAGCUAUCGGACCACAAUAUUAUUGAUCUCUUACUCAAGCUGCAGCAACUGGGCAAGCUUGAAGUGAUCCACACACGCACUGGGAAGCAGUUUCUGACGCCACUUCAGGUCCAGAAGGAAAUUAUAGAAUACGUGGCACUGCAGGGUGGACGUAUGUGUCUCACGGAUCUGGAGAAGAUGAUUGAUGUAGAUCGUAUGCAUGUGGAGAAGCAGGUGAUGGUGCUAUGUAGAGGAAACAGAGGCCACAAGGACUCAUACUACGUGGUAAGCAACGGCGAGGAGCUGCUCACGAGCUGGUAUCUCGACGGUAUCAUGGAGGACACGAACGUGCUGCUACAGGAUAGUGGCACCACGUCUGUUGGAGACUUGGCUCGGCAGUUUGGCUUUGCCGUGGACUACAUGAGAGACGUGGUGCACACGAGACUUGGCAGCAUCUUAAAGGCACGAGUAAGGAACAAUGUGCUGUAUACGGACUCGUAUGAGACGGAGCAAAAAGCGCGGGUUCGAGGGGCCUUUGCUGGUAUGACACGGCCUGUGUUUGUACCUGAUGUGGUGCGGUCUUUUGGCUUCGAUGAGGCUGUGGCCAAUGAAACACUGACCGAGUUGAUACAGAUGAAAGUAUUGAUGGGCACGCUGAGAGGACGGGAGUAUGUGCCUUAUGUCUUCAUGGCAGCCCAGAAAGAAAGCAUGUACUCGUUCUUCCAACAGAAUGGAUACUUGGAACAUACGAGAGCCAAAGAACUGCAAGUUGCUCGGCCCUUCGACUUUUUAAAGAGAAGAUUCUCGGAUUCUGUGUGUCUACAAGAGAGUGUUGUAAGCCGUGCUCUACAGUUACAGCUUGAAGGAGCUGUAGAGGCAGCGGUGAAUGAUAACUCCUUAGUGGAUGUCCGGUCGGUGCUGCCGAGUGCUCUGUCAGCAGGUGAUGUGGCAUUGUUGCUGGGCACGUCGUCGGGGCUGAAGAAAACGGGACAUGCACCCAAAGCGUAUCAGAUUGCAAACAUUUAUGCUGUCAGCUUGGGCUUUUUCGUUACUUGUUUGGAAAAAUUUGGUGAAGAUGCUACGACCAAGGCAAUUCGUGCUGCGGCCCAGCAGAAGAGCAGUGGCGUUAAGGCUGGUUUUCACGAAAGCAGGCAAGAGGUUGAUGACGAUGAAGGUUCAGACGUUGGUACUAAGCUCGGUAAAAAAGGAAAGCGUGGCAAGGGUGGCAACAAGCGCAGCCAGGAAGAAACUAGAGGCAAGUCUAGAAAGGCAACGAAGAGUAAACGCGAAUUAAAGGGCGAUGAAGAUGCUGGUGACGAUGAUGACACGAGAUCUACACCUGCUCAACUCUCGAUCGUGCCUACGCGUGAGGAGAUGAUUGAUCUUCUUGUGAAAUGGUUUCCAGUCGUUCAUGAUUUGAAAGGCGAUGACGAGUUAAUGGACGGCAUCAUAGCGCAUAUAGAAAAUAAGACCACUGAAGUCUACUCAACCGCACUGACCAAAGCAAUGUCUAGCAUUCUACGAGGAGAUGCUUCGUCACUGCGCGAGUUGCGCAAGACAUUCGAACAUCGGUUCGAUGAACAAUUCACGAAUUUGCUUGUUUUAGAAAAAGGAUAUAACAAGCUAUUGAUGCACGUAGAUGCUACGAAUGCGUCUGGCAUGGAGCAGCUCGCUGUUGUGGAGGUGCAUUUGCUUGAGACCUUCGCCGUGGAGCUUGCAGCUUUGGUCACAAGUUUUAUUGCAGAGAGCAAUAGUCUUGAAUUGGAAGGCGUGUCGCUCUUGUCAUCUCCUAGUGGCAGCACAGACGAUAAGACUAAGGUCGCAACUGAUCCGGUGACGACCUUAAGCGACAAAAACAGGAGAAUUAUCGAGACGAACCUUCCGCAAGCAACUGCAAGUUUUUUGGUACGGUUAUGGAUGCUCGCCACCGCUGGUCGUCGGUCACUAAACGAUUUCAUGGCUUAUAUACCGGUUCUGGCAGAGACUUUGAGCAUGCCUCUUCGAAAGUUGGAUCGCAAGAAGGAGCGAAAGGUGAUAUUCGGCUACCGACAGGCAAUAUCUGCAGAGCUGGGCGAGGUGGCGGUACUUGCGAUCGAUAACAAUCAGCAAUAUGCUUUAAUAGCAACAUUGGUGCUGCAACUUUUCUUCCAGCAGCUUACUGGGCUUCCAGGUAGUUUUCCACGUGACAAUGUAUCCUAUGGCGAAAUGAUGCUAAACGCAUUUCGAGACUCGGUGCCGAAAAAGGCGAUGCAAAUUAUUCAGGCUUUUUUACGUUUGACAAGCGGGAUGAGCAGUGGCGAAAAAGUUGCUGAAGAGCAAAAGAAUCCGAGCUCUAUUCAAUGA